CUCGCCUCGCAUGCCCAGGUAAAGCCGUCACCAACCUCCACUGUUUGUUUGUUUUUUGCGCGCAUUGCCCUGGCCUUCUGGUCCCCCGUCUCUCGCUGCCCUCCAUCACCGACGACCAUCCCCACCACCCCGUCGCAUCAUGAUCCUCAGGCUCUCGACUGUCGCCCUCGGGCUGCUGCCCCUUGCCAGCGCCCUUUCUGCCGCCGACAUCCCCGCCGACACGCCUGUAUCGCAGCUGGUCAAGGACGCCACGGUGCAGCUCGCCACCGGAAACACGCAAGAUGCCCUCACCUACUUCGACGUCGCCAUCUCCCGUGACCCGCGCAACUACCUCACCUACUUCAGGCGCGGCGCCGCAUACCUCCAGAUCGGCCGGACCGUGCAGGCCGAGCAGGACUUCAACAAGGUGCUGGAAUUGAAGCCUGGCUUCGAAGGCGCAUUGGUGCAGCGCGCAAAGAUAAGGGCGCGCAAGGCCGACUGGGAUGCCGCGCGCAACGACUACGAGGCUGCCGGCAAGACGGACGACAUCGCCCAGCUGGAAGAGGCCCAGGCGGCCGCUGUCAUCGCGCAGGCGGCCGCCGAGAAAGGAGACUGGGACUCGUGCGUCACCAAUGCAGGCGCCGCCAUCGUGGUUGCAAGCGGUGCAUACGACAUCCGCAAGACGCGCGCGCGCUGUCGCUUCGAGAAGGGCGAGGUCGUCGAGGGCAUCAGCGACCUGCAGCACCUCCUCCAGACCAACACGGGCGACAUUGAACCGCACCUCCAGAGCUCCGCCAUGGCCUUUUACUCUCUCGGCGAGACGGACAAGGGACUCAAGCACAUUGCCCAAUGCCUGCAGUCAGACCCGGACUCCAAGGCAUGCAUGAAGCUGCGCCGCCGCGAAAAGAACCUCGACAAGGACAUCAAGAAAGUGCGCAAGUUCUUCGAAAAGCGCCAGUUCGCCACCGCCUCUAAACUCCUCAUCGACCGCGGUGAGCAGGAUCCUGGUCUCCUGAAGGAGGUGAAGCAGGAUUUCCAGGACUACUCCAAGCAGGGCUACAUCUUCGCCAACUCUCCCCAAGGCCUCUACUACAACCUCCUCGACAUGACGUGCGAGGCUUACGUCGAAAUGAACAACCUGAAGAAGGGCACACCAUACUGCACAGAGGCUCUCCAACACAACCCCGACUCCCUCCACGGACUGAUCCACAAGGCCCAGGGCCAGCUCGACGCCGACAACUUUGAGGAGUGCAUCCGCACCCUAGAGCACGCCAAAGAACACCACCAGCACCAGAGACUCGACGAGAUGCUGCAAAAGGCCCGCACCCUGCUCAAGCGCUCCAAGGAAAAGGACUACUACAAGGUCCUCGGCGUGUCGCGCGACGCUGACGAGCGCGAAAUCAAGAAGGCGUACCGCAAGCUGAGCAAGAUGUACCACCCGGACAAGGCUGCCUCGAACAACAUGUCGCUCGAAGACGCGCAGAAGAAGAUGUCAGACGUCAACGAAGCAUACGAAGUCCUCUCCGAUCCCGAACUCAAGGCACGAUUCGACCGCGGUGAUGACCCCAACAACAAUGAGCAGCAGCAAGGCAAUCCGUUCCAGGGCUCGCCGUUUGGUGGCCAGCAGUUCAUGUUCAGACAAGGUGGAGGUUUCCCCGGCGGAGGCAGCUUCAAGUUCCACCAGGGUGGUGGAUUCCCUGGUGGCGGCUUUCCCGGCGGCUUUCCCUUUUAGACUAGCGUUCCUACAUCGUCUCGUACUUGGCCUGGAGUUUGGAGGGGACACAACAUGGGUAGAGCAUAAUGGCGUUUUGUAGUUUUUGAUAUCACUGACCAUGGCACUUUGAGAAAUGAAUUACGG